GACACCCGCACCUCUCUGCAUUUACCACCCAGCUUUCGCCACCUCUCGCGCGCGAGCAGGACGCACAGGAGCGCCCCAUCUCGCAAUCUUAGCGCAAGCAGAGCCACAGGAACGUUUCCUAUCGAGGAACACUCAAGGGACAUACGGUCUUGCCGUCAGCCGGUCUCGCCUUCUUGGCCGUUCAGACCAUCCUAUCGCCGCGCGUACGGUCAAGUGGAGUCCGUGCACCUGCUCUCCCCAUCUGUUCCAGAGUUCCGUAGCAAGUUAGCUCGCAAUCAAUUGGAACAUGGCGCUGUUCAUAGAAGGCAUCCAUCAGGGUGGUCCCGGCACUGGCUCUCUCGGAGGCCCCCCUUCAGGACACAACUACAAGCGGGCUGUCUAUCGUCCAGCACCUAAGGAGUUUACGGUCGAAGUGCUUCCCCCCACGAAGUUCGGCAGCGGCUUCUGCUAUGGAAUGCGAAUUUUCCCCCUAGAGACUGGGGACAUUAUCGACAGUCGGUCGACCAAGUCCGGCUCAUCGUGGAACCAAGAGUACGAUAUCUGGCGACGAUGGGAGGAUUGUCUUUGGUUCCAGGAGAUCCUUGAGGGCGAGUACUCGCUCAUGGCGCGCCAAAAGCGCUCUCGACUAGCAGCGGGUAAAGGCGUGAAGAAGAAUGGGGUAUACAUCCAUUCAGACCAAGCUGCGUCAUUCGAGUCUCUACCACCCGGCCCCGAUGCGAAUACGAUCGCGAAGGACAUCCACGAGCACAUCCCACGCUUGACGAAGAAAGGCACUCUUUUCCGCGCGAGCCAGUCCACGAUCGAGCAGCGCGGCCGCGAGUUUGAAGCUCUCAUCUACGCACUCUGGCAGCCGGACGUUCCAAUGCUCAUCAAAGAGCUCCGUGAUACAAAGCUCAUCCGCGACUUCUUCGGAUUCUGGCGGCGAGACCAAGACCACGAGAGGAAACGGCAGUCGGGGACGAGCAAGAGCCCGGGCAGCGUGCGCAACUCCGUCUCCAGCAGCGCAUUCUCCAUGUAUUUCUCCGCGUCCACCCUCUCCCUCUCUCUGCCGAACGCGUACGCCGACCUUCCCCCGAGUCCAGCGCUCCCCACCUUCCAAUCCCCACCCGGAUCGCCCCGACAAUCCUCCUUCCAGCGCGACAAUCCCCGCCGACGCUCGACGGGUUCAGGCAGCAAAGGCAGGGUGGCACCGCCCGUCACCUACGCCACCUCCGACUCCUCCGCGUCCACGCUCAGCGUAGGCGAGCGCCAGUCGCCUUCGCCCGUCCCAGGGGACCCUGCGCAGGACAUGACAUUCUACGUCUCCGCGCGCGGUUCGCUCGCGCUCAAUACGGACGACGCGGACACGCGCGCAGAGUACGUCCCCUCCCCGCUCUCCGCGCGCGUGCAGCCGCAGCCGUGGAUGCGGCGCUCUGACUACUCGUUCCCUCCUGAAGACAUUGGGCAAGACGAGAUCGUCCUCGCGCCAGAGGCGGAGGUGACCAAGUCGCCCGGGGAGUUCCAUCCCGGGCUGCAGGCGCUCCCGGAGGAUAGCGAGCUCGUGCCGGUGUCCCCCCGUCUGCCCGUCGCGUCGGGUUCCGGUGGCGCGUACGAUAGCGACAUCGAAGAGGGGACACGCAUCCGGGUCAGAAGGGCCCGCAACAACUCGUGCCCGGACAGGUCGAAUCGGCAGUGUCUGUUCCUCGCUGGGGAUGUGCCCAAGUCUGCGCACUCCAGCGGUGCCUUCUCGAUUCUCGAGGAGCUUCGCCUGGACACCCGGCACAUCCAGUCUGCGCAAGUGGACGACCAGCUGCUUAGGACGCCGACGCACACAUCGUCGUCGAGGACGUCGUCAGUCGCUUUCUCGAACUUCUCGGGCGCGGGAGAAUCGUGGAGGUCCUCAUGGCGCACGUCGAUGGCCUCGGAGAGCAGCAAUGCGCAGUCGUUCGCGACGGGCUUCUCGAACGGCUCGUGCGCGGACUUCGAUCCGCGGGACAACCGCCAUUCCAUCGCUUCGACGUACUCGACUUCCACCAGUGGCCGGCAUACUGCACUCGCUCGCAGGCAGUCGAUGGAAACGCUCAAGUCGAUUAUGUCAGACCUGACCAUCGACUCCACGAUCGCUGAGAGGAGCUUCACGCCUCCGCCUCACGCCGACUCAUCGCUCAGACGGUCGCUGUCGGCGGGCAGUAGGCGGCCGGUGAGCAUCAUGGCCACGCUGGAAGGCCAGGAGGAUUAUUGGAACGACCAGCAAGAUGACCUCAUUGACGCGUACUUUUACGAUCCCGACCUCAACGCUCUACACCCCAAUGCGUUCGAAGAGCCCCCACGGACGCCUCCCCCAGCGCCGCAGCAACAGCUCCCCUCCCAGCGCGAACCCUCCAAGGAGAUCUCGACACCCGAUCGCUUUCCCAAGCCCUUCCAGAACCGGCCGCCCGGGCAGUUCCACCUGCCUUGGUCCCCGCCUACCAUCCCGGGGCUGGACGACCGCCCUACGUCCGUCCCGGUGUCCGCUCCCCCAGUGCGCUCCGAUACGAGCUGGAGCAUGAACUUGGGCGCGAGCUCCCCGCCCAACUCGCCGAUGGCGAUGACGGAGAGCAUCACGCUCAAGGCCGUCCUACAGGAGAGCAUCGUCCUCCUGCGCGUGCCCCGUGCCGCGCCGCUGCAGGAAGUGCGCACACGCCUGCGCGACAAGUUCGCGGCGCAGGAGGGCGUGCAGCUCUCGCGCGCGUUCGUCGUCGGGUGGGCGCCCUCUGCGAGCCAGCCCGGGGGAGGUGUGGCGGGCAUGGCCGCGCUGCGAGGACGGCCGCGGUCGAACUCGGCGUCGAGCGUGGGCACUCUGAACCCGCAGGCGUUGAGGUACGUGUAUACCGAGCAGGAGUGGCGCGCCGCGGUGGACGCGUGCGCUGGCGGGAAGAUGACGAUCCGGCUGUUUAAUGCGCAGCCCAUAUGAGCGUGCAUAGGUGCACGCGUGCGCUGUUUGCCUUGGUCUUGGUUCAUGGCGCGCUGCCUUGUCCUACUGUAUGGAGGGAAGGGCGAGCGCGCACAAGACGGUUCACGUAAUUUCGAUAUUCGUUGCGAUACAACACCACCACCUUCUUCCUUCUGCUCUAGUGUUCAACCUUCAUGUCCCUUUACGACUUUCACGAUGAACGACCGUCCACAAUCUACCCCUUAUUUAUAUUAGUCUCCUCAGGUCAUCUGACCCUCUCAAACUCUUGCUCCCGUAUCUUGGCUUACCUCUCCUGUUGUUGCAACAUGUACAUUUGUUACUCGUAGCGCCCUGUUAUGCUGGCUGUUCUAUUUGUUCUUGCCUUGUUUCAGCCGUCGCCGCCAUCUGUUGUACAUCUUGUACCUUAGACUUCGCCCAGGGUGACCCUCCUUCGUUACUUCGCCUACCUCCGUGUAUCUCGUCAUUCUCACCCUUCUCUCUGCGACACAUCCUGCUGGCGCUAGCCCUCUUGUUCUCCACUUUGUCCAUCCGUGUCCAAUCCCC